CAUUGUAAAAGUCACUUAUUUGCAUGUUGUCAAACCCUUGCAAAAUCUGCUUCCUGGAUCAAGUCAUAUUUUGUAUUGUUUCUGUGCCUUGUCACCUUAAACCUUCAUGUCUGUACAGGUGAAUGAAGUAAACCAACUAUGAGAUUGUCACCGAAGAUAAUAACAGGUGUUUUGUCUGCACAAAAUAAAGGGGCCUGUGACUGGGGCUGGCAAGGUUUAGUGGCCUAUGGAUGUAACAACAGUGUGGUAGUUGUUGAUCCACAGACAGUUCAGACAUUGCAAGUACUUGAUAAACACAGAUCUACAGUUGUUAAGGUGAAAUGGGCACGGGAGAACUAUAGUCAUGAUGUUGGCAGUCCAUACAGUUUGCGACUGGCCUCUGGAGACAGUACGGGAAACAUCGUUAUCUGGGAUGUGGCUCUCGGCGAGUCUAAGGCAGAUUUCUCAGAUGGGAAUAGACCUAUACAAGCAUUGGAAUGGUUGCCAUGGCAAGAUGCAUCACAUGAUUUGCUGGUUGCCCUACAUCCACCGUAUUCUGUUAUUCUAUGGAACGCUGACACGGGAACCAAACUGUGGAAAAAGUCGUACACAGAGAAUCUCAUUUCUCUAGCCCUUGAUCCUUUCUGCUUCAGAAAUAUGGCAUUUCUUGGUCAGGAUUGUAUAGUGUUCAUAGAUGAUUUCUCUAUAACAAGGACACCAUCAAGUAAUGGGAAAAAGUUCUAUAUAUCUAGUCCAUCUGGUGGUACAAAGACUGAUGUCCCUGGAGGAAGUCUAGAGAGGAAACAAUCAUCAUCAUCAUCAAGAACGCUUGCUAAAAGAAUGACCAAAAUACUUGUUGGAGAGGGAAAUAAGAGAGAUGAUGAGAAUAUAGCAUUGAAUGAAUGUAUACAGUUGAUGUACCUGAGGUCAUGUAGGCACCAUUUAGUUCUAGUGUAUCCCAGAGAGAUUCUCAUACUUGACCUGGAGAUUAACCAGACGGUCGGAAUUAUCCCAGCAGAGAGAACUGGCUCUCCCUUCAUGGAGGUGUUACCGAUGCAGCAGCGUGAUGUAUUAUAUUGUCUUCAUGAGAAUGGUAGUAUUACAUGUAGAAUCCGACGUAAAACCAACAUGCAGACCAGUCUACCACCAGAAGGUUCUGGAGCAUUUGAUGACUUAACACAGGGUCCUUCAUUAGAUGUAACAUAUGAUCUUCGCUGUCAGUCAGACUCUAUACGUAUGACACGACAUUGCAGGGUCGCAGGUGUCAUGUACUCUCCUGUCAGUGAGGCAAAAUUAGCCCUCGUACUGUCAGAUAGCAGGCUGAUAUUCUGGGAUCUACACACAAUUGAUUUCCAGCCAGACUCCAAAAACAACAAGUCACCAUUGUACACACCUGGCGACUCAGCCAAUGAGCUUCCUGGAAAGAAAACAGUGCCACACCCUAAAUUUGCAUUGUGUGAUAUGAUUGGUCAAUCACAGUUGCUGAGUCCUGACAAUGAGUUAGCGGUCAAAGGUCAUGGUGUUGCUGUGAAAUUUUUAAUGACUGGUUUACUGAAUGGUAUUAACUCCACAAUCACUGUAGUUAGAAUGUGUCCACCCCUGACAACUAAGAACUGGAACAUGUACGAACCCCUGCUGGCAGUGGGGAGUCAACUGGGUAGUGUACAGAUUGUAAAUGUUGGUAAUGGACAAAUAGAAAGGGAAUACAGUGUGCAUACUAGCUCUGUCAAGGGCAUAGAAUGGGCCAGUCUGAAGAGUUUCAUGUCAUACUCGUAUCUGAAACCAGGGGCGUCUAAUUUAACAAAGAACGAAAUACUUCUAGUGGAUAUCAUAUCUGGGAAGGCAACUCCAGUUAGGACCCAGAAGGACCAAGAGUCACCUAUAGAGAUGUUAAGAGUUUCACACUUGAAGCAAUAUUUCAUCUUAACAUUCAAAGAUAAACCUCUGGAAUUAUGGGACAUGAAAACAUUGACAAUAUUGAGAGAAAUGUCCAAGUCUCUUCCACAUGCCACAGCUCUGGAAUGGUCACCUAGUCACAGCUUGAAAGCAGUGAAGAAGAGGCUUCAGCUUCAACAAGAACAACAACAACAAAUCCCUGUUACAGGAAGUGGAACAAAAUUGACAGGGUCUAAUUCAGAGGAAGUAAAUGCUUCUGACAAUAUGUCAACAUCAUCCACAGAAACUGCUUCAAGUGAACUGAAAGUGACAGGAAAAUUAACAGUAAAGGAGCAUUUUGUAUACACAGAUUCUGACGGAACUUUGUAUCAUUUUCUAGUGGAGGGCAAUAGCUUUCAAGAUGCUUCCAAAAUACCACCAGAGAGUGGUAUGGGAAGUGUCACAUGGUUGGCAUGGAAGGGAGAUUAUCUGGCGUUUGGUGACGCGGAUGGACAACUCUGUUUGUGGGAUUUGAAAGCUAAAACAUCAAGGUUAUUUCUCAUUUCAGAAGAUGUACUGUCACCAUAUUUAAUGCCACCAAAGGCUGCUUUCCUGAUGAAACAUUUACUGCAGCACCAGGCCUGGUCAGACAAGUACUUGCUAGAGUUACAGGGUCUAAGGGAAGAGGAUAAAGACAUUCAGAAGUGUGUUAACAAGAAUCUCAAGCUGAUAGAUGUAGAUCUGGCGUCCUACUUUGAAAAUUGUAGGUUUGGAACAGCAGAAAGAUGUCUGCUUACUGCAAGGUUAUUUGGAGAUGAAUCUGAAGUAAAGUUUUGGACAAUAGCUCUCCACUAUAUGAGAUCUGGAAAGCAUCUUGCUAUGAGUAAGAGUUCAAGCUGUGUUUUUGUCAAACAGAACAGUGGGGACCUGUACAUUCCACCAAAUGCUAGUCACAAAGAGAUCAAUGACCUUCUUGACCUUAGUAUCCAAGGAGACGAAGGUCAGGGGUCAGCAUGGCAGGAUAAGCGGGACCAGCCAUUAGAAAAAUGUUUUGAUUUUUUGUGUGAUAAUGAUAGCUACAAGCGUUAUCAACUAGACCGACUAGCACUUCAUGACAGUAAAAGAGUGACAUACGAGCAUACGAAGAAAUGUUCAGAGAAUUAUAUGAUGUUGGGAGAGACGGACAGAUCUGUACAACUAUUACUGGAGACGGAACCUGACAAUGAUAACUAUUACAUAGAUUGUCUCAGAUCGUGUCUUGUGGCCAGUAUCAGGUCAUCAGGUGCAUCACAAAGUACGAUAAAACUUGUUGCCACCAAUCUCAUAGCUAGUGGGAAGCUUCUAGAAGGUGUACAGUUGUUGUGUUUGAUAGAUAAAGGUAUGGAUGCCUGUAGAUAUUUACAAACAUACGGGGCAUGGGAACUGGCUGUAUGGCUUGCUAAGUCAACUUUGGUAUAUACAGAGUGUUGUGAAGUGAUGAAAAGAUGGGUGGAACAUUUGAGUAGUAUGCAUGUUAACCAGAAGAGUACAGCUGUAUUAGUGCUGUUAUCACUGGGUUAUUUUAAUAAAGCUAUAGAGAUGUUAUAUGGUAUGAGACAAUUUAACCGAGCUGCGUGUUUUAUAGAGGCUGCAAUAGAGUUUAACCUCCUAGAGAUAAAUCCGGAUAAUGGUGCUGUGAUUGAGGCUGUUUUUCUAGAGUACGCUAGACAGCUGUCUAAUCUAGGACAUAAACAAGCAGCAUUGUAUUACUGUAAGAAAGCUGGAGAAAAAGGGGAACAGUUGAUGAAAGAAGUGGAAAUUCUCUUUACAUGAAAUUCGUCAGUGAUUCGAGUACUGAAGUAAAAGAUCUGUUCAUUUGUGGUGCAAAUAUUUUGCAAGUUGUGCAUUUAUAGUUGAUAAAAAAUACGGUAAAAAAACAUUAAAGCGGCCUAAUUAAGCUUUUCUAAAGGUUAAUUUUUUUUAUUUAUUAUUUUUGCAAAGUUGUUUCAAAUAAAUGUCAAGUCAAAGGAAUAUAGAUGGAAAAUGAAUUUUAUAAAUAAAUAACUAAAAUAUAUAAACACUAAGGAAACUCCUCAAUAUCUAUAAUCUGCUGAAGUCUGAAGUCUUUAUUCAAAUUAGUAUCUGGGCAGUGGAUUCAUUUACCGAUACUCUAUUUUUAGAAACAAACAUCACUUUCGCGUUAAAAAUAGCUUUAUGGAUGCUGAUAUAAGGAAGGCUUCUAAUGUUAGGAUUCACUUUUCAAAGAUAAAAAUGCUGAAUUACUUAGUUUGAAACUAAACAAAAUUGUUUUUCCUGAAGAAUAUAAAAGAUGAAGGCUGCUUUAAUGUCAAAAAUAACCAAUUUAGUAAAUGGAAGUAAAUAAUAGAAAGGAAUGAUUGUAAUAAGUUCUUAUAUUUUUCAUAUUUUUCUCAUUAUCCCUUAGCCUACCAGCAACAACUGCUUCUUUCUCUGCAACCAAUGUAGACCAAGAUCACCCAGACUAUCUGUGCUGUCUGACCAUGGUCUGCACUGUUUGCUAUUCAUUCAGUACCUUUUUGGACAUUUUUCCUAAAAAUGAUUUAUGGUUUUGUCCAGAUAGAAAGACGGACAAAUCCAUUUGGUAAAGGUUAACUGUAUAGCAAUAUACAAUACAUAGUAUUAUUCACUCAUUAGAACAUGUAUACAAUAAUUUUAAAUGGAUAAAUGGCAUGAAUUAAAUUCAAUAUACAUGUAUGUAUUGAUUAGAAUAGAUUAGAUUUUAUUGUCAUUGCCCUCUGCUUUUUCCCUUACCUUGGGGUCUCUUAUUGAACUUCACAUAAACUUAUAAUGAACACAUUUUUAAUAUUUUGUGUGUGAAACAUUAUGGCCAAGAGAUACAUGUAAGAUAUUUUGGCAUGUAACAUUGCCUUGUGGACCUCUACAAAAGUAGGACAUGCCCCUGUGGCCAAAAUUGGCUUGUGGUUACUUUAGUUUCCUUGACUUGAGUAUAGAAAACUUCAAAAAAUCCUCUUCUCAAAAAAACCCAGUGCCCAGAGCUUAGAUGGUUUUGUAUAAGUAUAAUAUUGCUGUUCUAUAUAAAAGGUUUAUACAUGUGCAUUAUAUCCUGGCUCUGAUUACAGUUAACUAUGUACUGGGGAUAACUUUGAUUACCUAGGCUUUAGUCUGCAAUUAAGUUUUAAAAGUGAGUUAACUAGGGUCAUAAUGGCACUCUUGUUUAUAAUAGGGACCAAUCUCGUGUAGAAGAGAGCUACAUGUAGUAUAUCUAAGUUUUGUAGGUGAUGAUUAUAAGUGAAUUGUAAUACAUAUACAUAUAAUAUUCCUUCAGAAGCCAUUGAUUUACAAUUUUAUUUGUACAUUCCAUAUUUCUGUCUACGUGAACUAUGUUGCUACUAUUUAAUUGUAUGUUAAAGUUUUUCUUAAGAUUUUCAAUUUGUUUGAAUGAUUAUUAUAUUAUUUGUUUCAUGUUAUGAUUUAUAAGUGCAAUAAAUAUUUAGAAGAUGA